AUGACAAUGUUAAUUAUUCUGAUUUUAAUCUGCUUCUCGAUCCUCUUCCAGUCAAAUUCGUUGCUCAUGUUUCCACAAGUGGAAUUUCCAAGUGACUGUAUGCGAGCAAUGUGUGAAGCAGAUUCAGGAUGUGUUCCAAAAGGUUGCGACGAGGAUAUUCAUGGAAGGUAUGGAUGCGGCUAUUUUCGACUCAACAUCUAUCACUAUAAACAGUGUUAUCAACCGGGUAAAGAAGAUGAUCAGGAUGAAGAGGAGGCAUGGUUAACGUGCGCCGAAAAUUAUGAGUGCUCUCAGGAAUGCCUACGGCGACUAAGUAAUCGUUAUAAAGUGAAAUGCUACGGGAAAAGUGAUUGCGAAACUCUAGCAAGAAUUCAUGAUGGCGGUGCUAACGGUUGCCGCUCCAAAGAUACAUUGCCGUAUUGGAAUAUUGUAAAACAAAAAUGUCCACACUGCUGA